UGUCACCAACAUUGGAAAUUGUGCAUGACCCACUCAUGUCGACUCAGGAACAACGGGAGCAUGCAUUAAUUAAUGCAUUUGGACCAACUCUUGCCAAUAAUCCAACAGCGCUGAGAGAGUGCCUCAACCUAUUACAGAUUUAUCGAAUUGAGCCCCAAGUGCUCCAUUCAAAAUGGGAAGCCUAUAUUAUGAGCAAAACUGGCGCAGGCGAUGAGGACGACGACGGCACAAUGACCAAUGCACACUUAGAGGGCUUUAAGACUAGUCUUCGACGCACACUAGAGCAACAAUCUCAACAACAACAAAACUAUCAUAUCAACCAGGGACAGUCAUCUGCGCUGUCUUCAUUUGCUGUACCCAAAAAGGCGACGAUUAGAUCAAAAUACCAUACUGGAUCCACAUCCAAGGCCAACUAUGGCAUGGACUAUGGCCACACAGAUAAUAUUGGAUCAUUUGAUAGCAAAGCCACCUUUACCAUGCCAACAAGUCCUAUCAGAAACAGAGGUACCAACAGUGCACCAGUCACUACUUCGCCAUUAAUAUCAUUAUCCUCUUCAAAGUUUGCAUUGCGAAAGAACAUAGCAGAGAUAGAAGAAACCUUAAAUGGUCACUUGGAAUUACGUCAGGACCUACCUAAUAGGAGUGCUGAUUAUCGUAACGCUGUCGAUUUGGUGGUUGCUGUCAAACCAUAUCGUUACAUGUUUGAGAAGAUUGCUGAAAAAGCGGAAGCUCUUGAUGACAGGAUUGAAGCAAUUGCAGAGAUAUAUAAAAGUUCUUUUCCUGAAACUGAAUUCCAUAACCCAGCAUAUCCAAGUCAAGCCAUUGUCACAGUUGUGGGGAGGAUUUGUUCCGACGCCAAUGAGGGCAAAUCCAAUGAGCGAUCGCUGGUCCUGGAGACGAGUCGCUCGCUCGGAGGUGGUUCAAGAGUCAGGCUUGAUGUUAAUGAAAUCACAGAUUUCGGAUUCUUCUUGGGUCAAAUCGUAGUAUUAAGUGGAAUCAAUGCCAAUGGUUCAGUCUUUGCAGUCACCCGUGUGCAUGAGUUACCAGCGAUGCCGAUGGCAAGCGCUAGUCCGCUUGAACUUAUGGAGUUGCAUCAUCGAAAGUUGGCUGGACAACCCAUCAAGAUAAUUGCUGCAGCAGGACCCUACACUUUGAAUGAUAAUCUCUUGUUUGAGCCGUUCUCUGCUUUGAUGGAGCACGUUAACAGUGAAAGACCAGAUGUGCUCUUACUGAUGGGUCCAUUCAUUUCUUCUCAGCAUCCUGUCAUCCAAUCCGGAAAUGUGGAUAUGAUGCCAGAGGCAUACUUCACAAAGUAUAUCUCAACACAACUAACGCGAUACCAAGAGCGAUAUCCCAAGGAGAUGCAAAUUCUGCUUGUGCCCAGCUUACAGGAUAUCAUUCAUGAUUCUGUAGUCUUACCUCAGCCAAGUUUUGAGCACCCCCGUCAACUUAGCCUGCCAACUGGAACGCGUUGUCUUCCUAACCCCGCCCAGUUUAAGAUCAAUGAGAUGGUAUUUGCUGUUAACACCUCCGAUAUUUUGAUGCAUUUGAGUGGCGACGAAGUUGCACGUAGUAUAGGACAAACAGACCGAAUGUGCCGUUUGUCAAAGUAUCUUAUCGAGCAACGCAACAUGCACCCUGUAUAUCCAGGACUGGGUUCAGAUAUCGAAUGCGGUGUCGACUUUAACCAAUAUGAACUCAUGGACUUACGAGUUUGUCCAGAUGUCAUGAUCCUGCCUAGUAAACUCAAGAGCUUUGCAAAAAUAACUGAUAAUAUUAUCAUUGUGAAUCCCAGCCAGCUUAGUAAGGGCCAAUCAGGAGGAACAUAUGCACGCCUUACAAUCCAUCCAAUUCCUAAUGCUUUCCUAGAUGAUAUGCUUACGCUGAUGGAUGAGGAUGAGCCGCAGACUAUGUCCACGUAUCACCGUGUAUAUGAACGCUGUCGAGUUGAUCUUGUCCGCAUAUGAAGGAAAGUAAAAAUAAAAUUAGCAAAAAAAAAAAGGGAUAUUUUUUCUUUCUUGCCUUCAUAUGCCUAAUAUGUAAAUUUGGUCUAUUGUUUUGGAUUUUGAUGAAGUCUUUUUAUUAAUGUAAUUUGGAAAGAAAAAAGAGAAGAGUAAAUCAUGAGUUGUUAAAAGUAGCCGAUCCCACAUCUCAUGCCAAUUCUAAAAGAGAAGAAGGGAUGCCUUGCACAAUGUAUAACAAUGGUUCGGUUCCUGCUUCUUGCAGGCAAAGUAUUCAAGCAAAAG